AUGAGAAACGACAUCGUUCUGGUCAACCGCCCCCAGUUCCUGACCGGAAAGCACGUCUACUACAACUACACCACCGUCUCCUCCGCCCCGUACGGCGAACACUGGCGCAACCUCCGUCGCAUCCUGGAGCUUGACGUCCUCUCGACGCGUCGUCUCAACUACUUCAUGGACAUGCUAAGGGACGAGAUGAAGCUACUGGUACAAAAGCUUGCUCAUGAUUCUCGUAAGGGUUUCACGAAGGUGGAGCUAAGAUCUAGGUUUUCUGAGCUGACAUUUAACACGAUGAUGAGAAUGAUAUCUAGGAAGAGAUACUGGGGAGAUGAUAGCAAAGUUGAGGACGUGGAAGAAGCAAGGAAGUUUAGAGAGACGAUGAAGGAGUUGUUGAUGCUAGGAGGGGCAAAUAAUCCUGGAGAUUUCUUGCCGACACUUAGAUGGUUUGAUUUGGAUAACUUGGAGAAGAAGCUCAAGGGUAUUAGCCUCAGAUUCGAUAGAUUUUUGCAGAGAAUAGUUGAUGAGCACAGAAGUGGGAACACAAGUGGAAAUACUCUGAUAAAUCACCUCUUGACUCUGCAGAAAUCAGAACCAGAGUAUUAUACAGAUCAAAUAAUCAAAGGCCCAUUAUUGUUACCCCAUUUGUCCUCAGAUAAGUGCACCAUGGGAGAUUAUAACAUCCCACCUGAUACUAUUGUGCUGAUUAAUGCUUGGGCCAUUCAUAGAGAUCCUCAAUUAUGGAGUGAUCCUUUAUGUUUCAAUCCUGAAAGGUUUCAGAAAGAGGGGGAAGCAAAUAAGUUGAUGCAUUUUGGAUUAGGAAGACGAGCUUGUCAAGGUUCAGGCUUGGCACAACGCACAAUGAGCUGGGCUUUAGGCUUACUGAUUCAAUGCUUUGAAUGGAAACAAGUAAUUGAGGAAGAAAUUGAUAUGACAGAAGGAGAAUGA